AUGUUGACCGUCAAGGCUCUGAACGCCGAUACUUCGUUUCUACUUACCUUUUCGCCCUCUGUCGCUCCGCGCGGCGCCUCCGUUUCCCAGCUUCCCGGUUCCUUCACCAUCCUCGUAGAUCCCUGGCUGCAGGGCCCCGCCCAGAUCCUCAGCUCCAAAUUCUCCGUCUCCCAGCACAAGACUCAAUCAUGCGUUUCCUCUCUCGCCCAGCUUCCGGAGCCAGACAUGGUUCUCAUCUCGCAGGACAAGCCCGACCACUGUCACGAAGAAACGCUCAAGCAGCUUCCUCCCAAUUCCGGCGCCAUCAUCCUUGCUGCUCCCGCCGCAGCCAAGAAGAUCCGCAAAUGGAAUCACUUCCCCAAGGGAACCGUACACUCUCUCAAGCCCUUCUCGGCCACCGAUGACAGUCGUAUCUUUCGCUUGGAGAUCCCUUCCUUCUCGUCCUCCGGUCUUCCUGGUGAAGUAACGGUGGCUUUGAUGUGUCCGAAACGCGACAUCAGCGGCCUGCACAACGCUAUCGGCAUCACCUACCGCGCACCUACCAGCGCCUUGAGCCCUCCACGGACCCCCUAUAUCGACUUACCGCCUACUCCGCCGCUCUCUCCCAUACCCUCGCCUCCGUUGGGUCGGACAAGCAGCAUGGCGAGCUUAAAGAUAUCCAACCCGCUUCCACUGCCCGCGCCACACAGCCCGCGCCCUUUGACGCCAAGCUCUAUUACGCCCCUAGACCGUGAACGCACUCUUUCGCUUCUCUAUUCUCCUCACGGUGUCCCUUAUUCUGUAAUCGAGCCAUAUGCUUCUACUCAUCUGAUUCAACAGGCAGCGCUGCCGCUGACAGCGUUGCUGCAUUCAUUCGAUCGCGUCGAUAACCCGUGGUACCUGGGCGGGAAUAUAGCGACGGGUGAACCCGGUGGCAGGGAUAUCGCGCGUCAGCUGAUGGCGAAAUGCUGGGUUGGCGCACAUGACGAAGACAAGGACAACCGUGGCCUUAGCGUCAUGAAGUUGAAGGUCAGGCGGAUGGAGGUGGGCGAGGUGCAGCAGUCCUUAGAAGAGAGGGGCAUAUCGACGAAAGCGGCGCGUCUACAGCCUGGUGAGGAUGUAAAGGUCCAUGGCGGUGUAUGCUGA